AUGAGUGAUAAUUACAAGACAAAUAUAAAAAAGAUACAACCAAAUAAAUAUAGCUACAAACUGAUUCUGUACAAUGAUAAUAAGAAAGUAAAUGAAUUAAGAAACAUGGAUCCUAGGUAUGGGAAUCAGCAAGUAUUGUCAAAAAGAGCGAAGUCCAUCAAUAUAUUUACGCAUCGCAAAGUUCCAGAGAAAACUGUUCCAUGCAUAAAUAAAAAUGAUACUAAAGGAAGUCAUAGAACCAACAGUAGUAAAUUACAGAAGCCCCAUCCCUCGAAUAAUGUUAAAAAACAGAAGAAACCUAAAAAACUUCCAACUACAAAAAUGCAGAAACAGCAGAAAGCCCACCCUGAUCAUUUCUUUACAACGCCUUUGCCGAUGUCAGACAACAAAUUUAACAAGUUUCUUGAAGAUAACAACAUUGACGUUCAAUCCGUUACUGCCCCAUUGCCGGAUUAUAUUCCCUUUUCUACACAUGUGAGGCACAUUGUAUCAAAGUUAAAGCCAUACAAAAAUAAUAUAGGCAAGACCAAGAAUGGAAAACAUGGAACGAAACAAAAUAAUUAUAAUUUUUAUAUCCAACAUGAAAGGAGGAAAAGAGAUAAGAUUUCGAAAAAAAAUAAAGCAUCAAAGUUGGUCGCAAAACCAGUUAUUGAACCGGAAAUAACAUUUACACCUAAAAAUAAAAUAUCUAUAAAAAACUAUAGCGAUGUGAAACGAAGUAUAAAACAAUUUCAGAGCUUUACUGCGCAUGAUGUAGCUGCUUUAGAAAUAAUUGUUGACUUAAAAAAGUCUUCAGAUUUAAAUGAAAAUGAAAAUCAAGGAGCUACAUCGGAUCGUACAGUAAACGCUGUCGUCGUAGGUGAAAAACCAAAAAUAACAAAUGCCAUUCAAGUUCAUAUAGCUUUACCGGAUUUUUAUAGUGAAACUAUCAAAAGAUCACCAGAGUCGCUUCAGGUCAAAAAUGUUUUCUCGGCUAAAAUGGCCUCACCAAUUGAUAUAGUAUAUCAGGUGCACACGUUUGAAAAAACAACAGUUCCUUCCACUACUAUUGAAGAGAAUAAAUUAUCUCCAGGCUUAUAUUUAUUAGUAGAAAACUCAAAUAUGUCUGAUCCUACAGCACAAUUAAUUUUGAAGCCAAUGAAAAUGGAUGCAAAUAGUUUAAAUCUGGAACUUACAACAAAUGAAAGCGUAUCUGAACCUCAAACAACUACUUCCUAUACUAAUGAUGACAAAGUUAAUAGUUUUGUAGGAUGUAAACAAAAAGGAGCAUUAAUUGGGAUUCAAUAA